GUUUAAUUUCAAUAGAACUAAGCGACGGAAGUAAACAAAUGUUUAUGCGAUAACAUAUUUUUAGAACAUUUGUUAUUAAGAGUAUUUGUGCGAUGGCAAAUGAAGAAGACCCUCUCACUCUUUUACGGCAAAAGAGUUCUGGUGGUCUGCACACUUUUGUAGUUUUUGGUGCCUCAGGUGAUCUAGCCAAAAAGAAAAUAUAUCCUGUGUUAUGGAACCUGUAUAAGGAAGAUUUGUUGCCAACGGAGACAAGGAUAAUCGGGUAUGCUCGCACCAAACUGAGCCAGGAAGAACUGCUAAGCAGAUGUGAGCCCUUUAUGAAGAUUAAAGAUGGUGAGAAAGCGAAGUAUGCAGAAUUUAUAAAGAUCAACAGCUACGUAGCGGGCAAUUAUGACAAGGCUGCAGACUUCAAGCGUCUGGAUGAUGCCAUUAAAGAGAUUGGGAGCUGCCAUCGCCUGUUUUACCUGGCCCUCCCACCCUCGGUGUAUGAACCAGUCACCCUCAACAUCAAAGCAACAUGCAUGGCAACAGGCGACAAGUGGACGCGCAUAAUCAUUGAGAAGCCUUUUGGGCGAGACCUUGACAGUUCAGAGCACCUGUCUCAACACCUGGCCUCGCUGUUCAAGGAGGAACAGCUCUAUCGUAUCGACCACUACCUCGGCAAGGAGAUGGUACAGAACCUUGUUGUACUCAGGUUUGGUAAUCGGAUACUAAGUCCGAUCUGGAAUCGGGACAGCGUGUCCUCAAUUGUGAUCAGCUUUAAGGAGCCAAUCGGAACACAGGGCAGGGGAGGCUAUUUUGACGAGUUUGGAAUCAUCAGGGACGUGAUGCAGAAUCAUCUGCUACAGCUACUUACUCUGGUUGCCAUGGAAAAACCACCUAGCACCAAGGCAGAGGACAUACGCAACGAGAAGGUGAAAGUGUUGAAAAGCAUCCCUCCUAUAGAGCUGAAAGACGUGGUACUUGGUCAGUAUGUAGGGAACCCCGACGGGACCCCUGACCAGAGAGAGGGCUAUCUGGACGACCCCACGGUGCCCAAGGAUUCUGUCACCCCCACCUUCGUCACUGCAGCCAUGUUUGUAAAGAAUGAGAGAUGGGACGGUGUGCCCUUCAUCCUGCGCUGUGGCAAAGCCCUCAAUGAGAGGAAGGCAGAGGUACGCAUUCAGUUCCGUGACGUUCCUGGGGACAUCUUCGCAGAGGGCAAGGUGAAGAGGAACGAGCUGGUGAUACGUGUGCAGCCCAACGAGGCUGUGUACAUGAAACUGAUGACCAAAACCCCCGGCAUGUCUUUCAACUGUGAGGAGACGGAGUUAGAUUUGACCUAUCACAGUCGAUACUCAGGUGUCAGUAUGCCUGAGGCCUAUGAGAGGCUGAUACUGGAUGUCUUCAACGGCUCCCAGAUCAACUUUGUACGCUCUGACGAGCUGUAUGAGGCAUGGAGGAUAUUCACACCACUGCUACACAAAAUUGAGAAAGAAAAAAUCAAGCCGAUUCCCUAUAUAUUUGGCAGCCGCGGACCCAAAGAGUCUGACGAAAUGAGCGCCAAAUACGACUUCAAGUAUACCGGGGAGUAUAAAUGGGCUCCGCAGCAAAAACUUUAAACAUGUGCCUCAUUAUGUGACAUGCAUCGUGUGAUUUAUGUAAAAGCAGAUGAUAGAUAUUUAGGAUACUAGAAAUUUGCUAUAUUUACAGUAAUUAUACCCCCACAAACGAAGUUUAGGGGGGUAUAUAGGAGUGAACUUGUCUGUCUUUCGGUCCGUAUUAAGUGUCCGCUCUCUAAUUCAAGUAGUUCUAAACUAGGUCACGGGGUAUCUUAGUGCGUUUUAAACCUCACCGUGUUGUCCGCUCUCUAAUUCAAGUAGUUUUCAUCUAAUCCUCACCAAACUUGGUCGCAAGUUUUAACCUAAUGAUCUCUAGGACAAGUUUGAACAUGAGCCAUUCCGGCCUAAAACUAGGUCAUGGGGUCACUUAGUGCGUUUUUUAACAUUUAGCAUGGUGUCUGCUCUCUAAUUCAAGUAGUUUACAUCCGAUCUUCAUCAAACUUGGUCAGAAGUUUUAUGGAGAUGAUCUUAAAGCCAAGUUAGAACAUGGGCCUUUCUGGGUCAAGAACUAGGUCAAGGGGUCACUUAGUAUUUUUUUAAAUUGAGCAUGGUGUCCGCUGUUUUUUGUGAAGACGACAUGCAAAAUAUUAUGUGUCAAUGCGGCAUGUGGGGGUAUUUGUUACGUCUGUGACAAAGCUCUAGUUAUUUCAUGAAGUCUAAUUGUGUACUUGUAAUAUUAAAAGUCAAUCCUUUAGUAUAUUUUGAAACCAUGGUUACUACAUGGGCUACGUAUUUAAAAAGUUGUCAAAUAUAAUUUUUUAUAUAUGUAGGAGGCAAGAUGUCUAAGCUGAGUAGAAAGAUUAACAUACUAUGAUCAGAUAAAGAGAUAAAUAGAAAUAUUGAACUUAAAGCUGAACAAAAUGGCAGUGGUUGUCUUGAACAAUUUUCUUGGUGCAUGAAUAAAAUUAAGCCAUGCUUUUGGAAAACGGGGCUAAAUACAUGUGUGUAAAGUAUCAUCCCACUGCACAGGCUAAUCAUGGAGGACACUAUCUGACUACACUGGAUACUCAUAUUUUACAGACCCUUCCACAUACAAAAUAUCAUAAAUGAAGAAUGUGUUGUCUCUAAAUAGCCUGUGGGGAUUGGUUUUUCCAGAGUGCAGCUCAAUAACGUUAGAAGACUUGAGGAUUUUGAACAAUAAACUUUGAGCAACAAUAUGUGAUCAUUUAUUCUGAGUAUAAUGAUUGUUAUAUAUAAAUAUUUGUAUUGUAUAAAUAUAUUUAUUUACGGGCAUGGACAUUUAGCAUUAUUAUUUCUGUAUUGGAAACUAUUUUACAACAACUUGACUGUCUCUCUUGUAUCCAUUUUGUCCUUAUAUAUUUGUUUAAUUGUGUUCAUGUGUAGGCUUCAUACAUUCAUGAUAAAUACUGUACAAUUAUCAUCAUUGGCAAAUCUGUGGCAUAUACAAGACCAAUGGCAGGUUUAUAUGUUGCUCCUUGUAGAUUAAAGGGGCCUUUUCACAGAUUCUUGGCAUAUAUUGAAGUUUGUCAUUAAAUUCUUUAUAUUGAUAAAUGUAAACAUUGGAUCUAAAAAGAUCCAGUAGAAAAACAAGAAUAAAAUUAAAGGAAGAAAAAAAGUAACCCUCAAUUGGGCUCGAACCACUGACCCCCUGGACUAAAAUUCUAUUGCGAAGACCAUUCGUCCAUCCAUGCUCAUACAAUGAGUGUUGAAUUUUAUCCCUUAUAUAAGCAAUCCUCAUAGUAUCACAAAAUAUAACGACAACAACAGAACUCUCCAAAUUAUUCAAUUGUUUUGCGUUGCAUUUAAUUUUCAGGUUGAUAAAUUGUCAAAAGAUGCAUGUUAUGGAUAUUUUAGAGCAUGGUUAAUGUUCAAUAUUGCUGUUUCCUCACAAAUAUCAUAACUACAAAGAAAAUUUGCGAUUCUGAAAAAAAAAUCAAAACGUGAAAAGGCCCCUUUAAGGAAACAUCCACAUCGAAAUAGCCAGGUUCUGACCUUGUAAGCGGGUGAUCAAAAUUAUUUACUUUAACUUAUUUCUCAAUAAAUCAGUUAAACAUUUAUUAAUUUCACAUUUGUUUAGCUUGUCACUUUUGGCAUUAUUGUAUUUGCUGUUCUUUUGUCCAAAAUGUUCAUAAGCUAAUGUUCAAUCUGUAUUUUUGUGAUUUUACAAUCUCCUAUUUAAACUAUUCAUAUGAUGUUAGAACCAUUUAAACAUUAUUUGCUCUUGUUUCCAGUUUAUCCAUCUGUUAUGCAUAUUUAUUGAAUGUUUAGGGCUAUUGUGAUUCUUUAACUUCAUUACGUUAAUCAGAGAUAUAUACCGGUAGGUUUGUUUAUGGUUAAGAUACAAAUAAAUAAAUGUCAAACACAA